UGCUUCAUGUCACUCAUCACAGACCCACUUUAUUUAAUUCAUAUUAGUCGCAUCAAGUUUUUACGCAUGGACGAACGUGGUGAACGUAUUAUUACUUUCCCACCGACUGUCAUGUCUGAUGACUAUGUUCGUCUAGCAGCACCCAUCUACCCUGAAAUGCAAUACUGCUAUUCACCUGUCUAUGAUAGUCUGUUGAAUGAAAACACAGUGAAUUUGACCAGUAGUCCACGUACCACCAAACGCACCUAUCGAGCAAGGCCUCCUGCCUUGUUAAAUAAACCAUUACCUACGAUUCCUCAACAACGAUUACCCAAUCCAGUUAUGACGCCCACCAUGAUGAGCACGACCACAAAAGCACAAGAGACAGAUAGUGAAGAUGACGAUAUUGAGAUAGAAGACAAACAAGCGUUAUUUUCAGGUUCUGGAAAACCUGAAGAAGCACUGACUUCACCUAUAUCAGCACAGCCACAAAUGCAAGUGGUAUCCCAUCGUUCUUUCCCAUUUACUUCGCUACAUCCCUCAGUAGAUUCAGCUAUUGAUCCUUCACCUUCAUUUGAGGAGACAACCAACCCUACAUUCAAUGGAUUUCCUGUCACACCUCAUGAUACUGAUACUAUAGAAGCAUCCAUACCUACCUCUGUUGCCACUCUGGAUGAACCUCUUUUCAAAAAACUCGAUGCGACAAAGCACCCUGCCGGUUCUGCACUAUCAGCCCUCAUUGCAGAAAAGGCAACGGCUGCAGAAAACCCAUUUGCCGAAUACGCCUUUGUCUCGGGCAAAGGCGAGCCCAAAUCGAUCACUUUAUGCGUCUAUUUACCUCACUCCAAUCAACCCUAUACACCUGUUUCUUUGAUAGUACGACCUGAUGCAAUUACAGAUGAUGUGAUUGGUUAUAUCUUGUAUGAUUAUGUGGAACAAAAGCGUGAGCCUGAAUUAGAUGAAUCUGCUUAUGAUUUAGCGGAAUGGGUCUUGUUGAUUGCAGAAGACGAUGGUGAGAUUGAAGACGAUUUGCCUGCUGUGGAUCGAACACGCAAUAUUGGCCGUGUCUCGUUUGACCAGUUUGCCUUGUGUCGAGCCACACCUUCUCAAGCGAAACAGAAUGAUUUGGAUCGAGCCAAAAUGGGUCGAAGUAAACCUGAUCUAGAGACACUCCAUAAAAAAAGGGUGGCUGCACAACAAACAUUACCAGCACAACACCAUACGCAUCUGGGAUCCUCCACGCAUACCAACAUGAACGAUCAUAUACCCCCCUAUGUUGAAGGAUCACCGAUAUUGCAUAUGCCAGGUGAAGAAGAUCCAGCCUCUCAGCCAUCCUCAGAACCCACCUUGACGCAUCUUUUACCCACUCAACAACAACCUGAGCCUGAUGCAUCCACUGUGGCUGUCCCGGUACCUUCUUCAAAAGCCACCUUGACCAAGGCCACCAUGCCUAUGACACCACUCAAGUAUUUCCGUAUCAAACUGAUGACGAAUGAAGAAGUAUCUGCUACAACAGCCAUUCCUGUCUAUGCUGAAAUGUUUAUUGGCGAUGUACUUGAACUUGUCUCUCGAAAACGUAAAUUGGAUCCAAAUGAAUACAUGUUGACUAUCGCAGACAGUAAUGUGAUUGUGUCUAAUGAUACUACUGUUGAGAGCAUGAAGGGUAUUACUGAUCUGACCUUGACCAAGAAAGGAACUACCUUAAGUAUACCUACCACAUCUCAUUCAUGGCGAUCCCCUAUCAAGCGAAAAAAGGAAGAAGGUAAUCAUCCCAUGUACUUUUCAACAACAGAGAGUAGUCCUACAGCAGGACCCUCGACUACGAAUGCCAAUGAUACCUUGUUGUCUCAAUACAAGAAAUACACAGUCAGUCGAAAGAUGCCUAUGUUUGUCUCUAAACGUGUCUAUAUCAUGGCUAUUGAUGGUGAUUAUAUUCAUUUGAUGCCACCAGAACACAAGGGCAUGUUUGAUUCAGUCAAGACAACAUCGUUUCAUGCAAGUGCAGUGAGAUCAUGUAAACAGAGUAAAAAAGUGCCUACUAAUUUUAAGGUGAUUAUCCUUAAAGAGCGUGAUUUCAAGACCUAUGAUCUUGAAGCAGAAAGCACAAAAGAAGCAAGUGAAAUCUGUGGGCGAAUUCGAUUUUUAAUGCAAGUAACAAAAGGCAUUUAAAUAAAAUGGAGGCUAAUCCUUUAUCCAUCCUUUU